AGACCUUCCUCCCACUUCUUCUCUCUUUCUUCUUCCUUCUUCCUUCUUAAACAUUUAUAACCAAACCUCUGCAAAAUUCCUCCUCCAUUUUCCUACUUUCUCCCUCCUCCUUUAUCAAAUGCGAUAGACAAAAACUCAAUUUCACCUUCAAAAAUGGCGUCUUACCAAAAACAACCAAAUACCCAUGAACUCAGACAAAAGAUAUUCACCUCCAUUGAUAAACUCUCAGACAGAGCCACCUUCUCUCAAGCUUCUUCUGAGCUAAAUUAUCUUGCUAAAACUCUCCCUUUAGAUUUCCUACCAACAUUUUUAUCAUGUAUUCUCGCAAUUGAUUCUUCAUCAAAAUCCCCUGUUCGAGUUCAUUGCAUUAGUUUAAUUUCCCUUCUAAAUCAAACCCACCAAACCUCGCUUUCGCCGCAUUUAUCGAAGAUCAUUCCUUAUCUAUUGCGCCGUCUAAGAGACUCAGACUCCUCUGUUCGCAAUGCUUGCGUUUCAACUGUUUCGGCACUCUCGCCGUUAAACUACCCUUGUAUACUCGACCCCAUCCUCGGGUCGAUCUCAAUUGAACAGGACUUGAAUGCGCAGAUGGGGUGUUGCCUAUGCCUAGCGGCGGCCAUUGAUUCUGGUGUUUUAGAGGAGAGAGAAAAUGGAGAUUUGAGGAAGAGGGUGUUGCCCAAGGUGUUGAAGUUGCUUAAAGGGGACGGGUUUAAGGCGAAAGGGGCAUUGUUGGGUGUGAUUGAGAGUGUUGUUGGGGUGAAUGACGGAGUUGUGAUUAAUAAUAAUAAUAAUAAUAAUAAUAAUAAUAAUAAUAAUGGUGGGAGUUUGGUGGGGAAUGUGGUGGGUGUUGUGGUUGAGAUGUUGAGUUCUGAUGAUUGGAUGGCUAGGAAAUCUGCUGCUCAAGUUUUGCUUAAGAUGGCGGUUGUCGUCGACGACGACUCUGCUGCUGAGUUUAAGCGUUUUGUUGUUAAUUCCUUGGAUUCCAGAAGAUUUGAUAAGGUUAAGGUUACCCGUGAAAUAAUGAACCGGGCAUUGGAGGCUUGGAGGGAGGUUUCUGGUGGUCCAGAAGAAGAAAUUGCUUUAACUAGAUCCAAUUCAUCAAUUUCAAAAGAGAGUGGAACAAGGAGAUAUUCAUAUGGUGGCACUGAAACAUAUAAACCAAAGAAAGCAAUGGAAAAAUGUAGGUCAUCCUUGUCUGAGGGUCCAAUUACAACUGUUUCCCCUUCCAUGUCCUCAAGCACUCAAGAUAGUUUCGGCCUUGAAACGCCGCAAAGGAAGAAAACACUCUCGAAAAGUCGAUCCUCGUUGUCUGAUGACUCAACCAUUACUGAUUCUUCCUCGGUCUCAAAAAGUUCCUAUGAUGUUGCCUUUGAAGCUGUUCAGUCUAAAAGACGAACAUUCAAGAGCCGGUCUUCUUUGCCAUUGAAGUCCAACGAUAAGAAAUCAAGUGUUUAUCAAAAUGCAGUUCCUCCUCCAUCUGAAGUGGUUGUAUCAGAAAUAAGCAGCAACUUUGUUAAGAAGGCCUCUGAAGAAAAGGGGCCCAAGUUUAGUGCUAUCAAAUCUGGGUCUCUUGUUGUGCCUCGGGGGUUGGACUUUGAUGGAGGAGAAGUUGAAGAAGUUGGUGAAAGCAAUGCAGAAUCUGAGGACUUGUCUUUGAUCAGAAAACAGCUUCUUCAGAUAGAGAGACAGCAGUCCGACAUGGUAGUUCUCAUUCAGAGAUUUAUGGGGAAUUCUCAAAGUGGGAUCGACUCUUUGGAGACUCGAGUAUCAGGACUCGAGAGAGCAUUAGAUGAAAUCUCCCAUGAUUUGGCGGUUCAAAGUGGAAGAAUCACUAGCAAUGACACGGCUGGGAGCACAUGCUGUCCUAGUACAGAAUUCCUGAGCCCAAAGUUCUGGAGAAGAACAGAAGGGAGAUCAUCCUCUAUUUCAAAAUCACCUUACUCAGGAUCAGGAAGUAUGGCUAAUAGAGAUGUCAGUGUCGAAGCAACACAGAUGGACGUAUAUAAGCAUCACGAACAGAACGAAGGCUUAAGUAGGGAGUCAUGGGGGAGUGUCAAAGGCAUUGGCCAAACUACACAGAGAGGAAGAAACUGCAGCCCCAGAAGCUUUGAUUCAGCUUCAACUGCUGCCUGUAUAACUUCAGUGGUUCGGGGUGUAUAAACUGCAGCAUCUGCUAAGAUAAGAUAAGAUCCUCAAGCUUUAGCUACAAAGUACAAAGGACAUGGUUCGUCUUUGAUGAUCAUAGCUUACUGAAGCUUGUAUUCAAUUGAACUUGACGAUCAACAUUGUAUAUCAGUCAGAAGAUGCAUCCUUCCUUGUAUUUGUCGUGCCAAUUCAUUUCACAGUUCGGCUGGUGUAAACAGGAAGUGACGUUCCUUAUGAUUUUUUCGGGAUUUCUUUGCUAUGUAGGGGUAUGUAUAUGAUUGAUGUUUGUACAGGGAGUAAAUGGAGUAGUAAAAAAAAUCUUGUUGUCUGGUCAUAUUCUUGUAUUCUUAAUUUGGCCUCCUAGCUUUCAGCCUGCCGUGAGGCCUGUGACUAAUAA